AUGGACCAGCUGACCUCCGGAGCGAGCAAUCGGAUUAUUCCGAUUUUCAAAACUCUGAGGACUUCUCUCAUUUUCCUCCACACCUUCUUCCUCUCUCUGCUUCUCCUCCUCUGGCCUCGCCGCCGCCGUUCUCCGGCUGCGUCAACGCCUCCGGCUCAGUCCUCUGUCAAGAAGAGGCGAUUGGUAUGGCGGAUGGAGGAGGAAGAUACCCAGCGACGGAGGGCGUUGGCUGAGGUCAUCGAAAUGGGCGAAAACAUCGGAGACGGGGGGUUUCAUGGCCGUUGGAGUACCUCGUUGUUCUAUGGCGUUAAGAGAAACGCGCUGUUUUGCCGCUCCUGGUUGCCGGAAUCCGGUGAAUUGAAUUAUGGGAUUGAAUUAUUUGUUCAAGGAAUUAGUUUAGAUUUGGAAGGGAAUGUUCAUUGUUUUUCCAUUCUGCAGGGGGCAUUCUUAGAAAAGAUUAAAUCUGAGAACCCUGAAACACCAUGCUUCCUCUUUGGACACUCCACGGGAGGGGCCGUUGUUUUGAAGGCCGCUUUAAGCCCUCACAUAGAGAAAAUGGUGAAGGGAAUUAUACUGACUUCGCCUGCGUUGCGAGUUAAACCCGCCCAUCCUAUUGUCAAGGCUCUAGCUCCAAUCUUUUCCAUAGUGAUUCCAAAGUUUCAGUUCAAAGGUGCAAACAAGAGAGGCAUUCCAGUUUCAAGGGACCCUGCAGCACUCGUGGCCAAAUACUCCGAUCCAUUAGUAUACACCGGACCGAUCAGAGUCCGAACAGGCCACGAGAUCUUGCGGAUUUCAUCAUACCUGAUGCAAAACCUCCAGUCAGUCACCGUCCCGUUCUUCGUUCUCCACGGGACAGCCGACAAAGUCACGGAUCCUGUAGCAUCCCAGGAUCUGUACAAUGAGGCAGCUUCUGAGUUCAAAGACAUAAAGCUGUAUGAAGGGUUCUUGCACGACUUGCUGUUUGAGCCUGAGCGAGAGGAGAUUGGCCAGGAUAUAAUCAAUUGGUUGAUGAAAAGGCUAAAUGCCAACAAAACUCUUGCAAAAUGAAGAACACUUUCAGGGUCUUA